AUGGCAGGUGAAGGCAAUGCUUCCCGGCAGGCGCCGCUGUCAAACAGCGGCCUCCUCACGGGAACAGCCACUUCGGAGAAUCCGAACGACGAGGUGCCGAGGUCCGGCAGUUGGCCACAAAGAAUCCCGUCCAAGGGGAGCUCUCGGCCAGAGCCACGCAGCCUCUUCAGCGCGAUGGCCGAGACGGUGCGAGGCUAUCUGCGAAAGGCUCAAGACGCCGAACAGGCCCAGAGGCUGCCGCAGGCUCGGCGCCGACCCUCUUGGGAGCGUCGCAGCUCCAACUCCCAGGCUCGCCGAGCCUGGCCGAGCUCCGAGGCCGGCCUCACGGACGUCGUGCGAGAGGUCUUGGCAGCAGUCAAGGAGCAGAAGCCCGAAGCUGCGCAAGAAAGCAGGACCAAGUUGUCCAAGGAUCCUGGAAUCUCUGAGGUCCCCCGCCCUGGACCGUCUCAUUGGGCUGGUCCGGGCCUGGAUGAAGCCAUGCCCGAACCACCGCAGACUACGGAGGCCGUCGCGCAUCUCCAGCAAGCCUUGAAGGCUCAGCAGGCAUCGUUCGAAAGAGCGAUGCAGGAGCAGGCGGCACAGCACCAACGAAUCACAGAGGCACAGACGGCAUCUUUCGUCCAAGCUCUACAGGAACGGGAGAAAGCCCUCGAAAGAAUCUUGCAGGAGAAGUCUGCCAAAGAUGCGCAAGGAUCCAAGCCGCCCGAGGCGGCGCAGGACGUCGCGCUUACGCAGGCCUGUCCGGGCCUGGAUGAAGCCACACCUGGACCGUCGCAGCGUGCGGAGGCAGUGCAGCCCGUCUUCCAGCUCCAGCAAGCCCUGGAGGAACAGGCGGCUCUUCAAGAACGAGUCGGGAAGUUGAUGGCAUCCUCCCAGAUCCUAAAGGCGACCAUGCAGGAGCGGGACCAGAAGCUCCAAAAGCUCUUACAGGCUGCAGGUCACGGCGAGGAGCCAGCUUUGCCAGGGCAACUGAUGGAUGACUCUGAGGAGGAGUCCUCCGGGCGACCGCAAGACCACGGGCACUGGGCUUCAUGCGCCGAGGCCACGGCUGCGCCGAGUCCAGGGCGCAGGGAGCAGCAGCCCACUGCUGAGGCUGGCUCGCUGGAGACGAAGGAGCCUGAGCCUGAACGGCCUGAACUUCCCGGUCCAGCUUGCUACUUGGCCUUGGAGGACGGCCGCGCCACGUCCUUGCAGGAAAUCGAAAGUGUCACACCGAAAGAUGACAAGCCGGCAGUGCCGCAAGGCAUGCGCUUCCAGUUCUUCCUGGAUCUCAUUGAGGAGAAGCGCGAGUGGCUUGAGAAGUCCACAGCCCGCGGCAAAGGGAGGAAAAACAUGUACGACGUGUGCCCAGAGGUGAUCAUCGAGAGGACAACCUGCGAGGAGCAGAUCCUGGUGCUCUCGGAGGCGGACGCGGGCGAAAUCGCGAGCUCCCUCGCGGACCCCAGCGGCGACCAGAGCAUCUUCCUGCCAGACUCCCUGCAGCGUCGAUCCGGUGUACACCUCGGCGGUAUAAAUGUGGAUGGAUUCGCCAUUCAGGGCAUCUUGUGUGAUGGCGGUGGCCAGCGCAGGGAGUACUGGGCGGCACGCGCCGAUCGGCAGAAGCACUGGAUGACGACUACCGAACAUGGCCGGGUGGACAAGGGCCCUUCAGAGAUCCCGGCCCACCUCCAAGACUGCGGGAAGCUGGGCGAGAAGUCGGCGCGGCGGGAGAAGGAGCUCCUGAAGCAGCCGGGCACGGUCGUGGUGCUUCGUCGGGGAGUGCCGUAUGCUCAGCUGGAGAAGCCCGGAGAGUUGGGCCUGCUCACCAGCUUCGUUUCGCACGCCUGGGGCGAGGAGACGCUGGACUUCGCCCACACGCUGAAGCUGCAUGCCGAGGACGUGAACCCCUCGAACCCAGGUGCCCUGGUCUACUACAUUUGCACGUUUUGCAACAGCCAGCAUAGCGUGGACUUGGGCGGCGACGACUGGCGCCAGUCCCCUUUCAAUCUCGCCUUGGAACACGUGGCAAGUUGUCGGCAGAAGUGUGGGCCGAUGUACCGGGCGGUGAUGCUGUUUGACAGGUCUUGCAGCACAUUGAAGCGGAAGUGGUGCAUUUUCGAAAUCUUCCGCUGCCAAAGUCUCGACCUGGAGCUAGACCUGUAUUGCAGGGACGGUGAGCUCACCCGGGCGAGCGAGUCGCAGCACGCAAAGGAAAUCUUGCUGAAGGUCAUGGAGGUGGACAUGAUGGCCGCCGAAUGUUCUGAAAAGAAGGAUGAGAGGACGAUCGACGGUGCCAUCGUUGAUCACCCGGCUGGCUGGACCGGCGUCGUGUCCAAGGUGAAGAUGCAGGUAAUGGGCCACCUGUCCUUUGUGGCCCACAUGGCCAUGACCCGCGAUGCCUUCACAGGCCAGCAGAUCGAGCCGGAGCAGUCCAUUGAGCUGGAGGGCCAGGGCUUUGGCAAGGUGAGCCUGUCGGAGCUCAUCGACGGCUGCAUGCAGGCGUGUCUGUCCGCAUGCUUGUCUGCUGCCGGGCAGCAGCAUGUCCCCGAAUCUGAGAAUCCCGCCAAGGCUCAGCUGAAGCGGGUGCUCAUCACUGGCCAGGGAGGCACGGGCAAGACCGUCAUCACCAGGGAGAUCGUUCGGGCAGCCGUGAAGCUGGCGCGUGAGAAGGCUCUGCGGCUGGUCCCGCUGAGAGUUCCGCUUGCCGAGCUCGCUCGGUAUGCUCAGGAAGACGGCGACAUGCUGCAGGCUUGGGCCGCGCAGGCUUUUGGCAAGGACGGUCAGGAGCUUUUACAAGGUGGUCGGCAGCUGCUUCUGCUGCUGGACGGCUUGGACGAAGCGGGAACGGACAGGCGGCGCAUCAUCAGCUGGCUCGACGGCUGGCUGCAGAAGAACAGCGAUCGCUGCGCCUGCGUCGUCGUGACCAGCCGGCCCUCUGGCACCGAUCAGGUGGUCGACGAGGAGGGCAAAGCGAGGGAGCCUUCGAAGUCCUCCGUUCUGCACCUUUCCGAGGAUCACCUGAUCACACAGGACAGCUUCCGACAAGGAUCUCCUGUUCAACUCAUCGACAAGCGUGACAUCGUGACUGGCAUCGGCAAAGUGCGCUUCUGCGAGGAGGGCUUCGUCCUCCCGGCCGACUGUGGCCUGCAGCCUCCAGGGUGUCAGGUACGGCUGCGACGCAAGGAGGACUCUGACUGGCUUUUCUCCCCUGCGAUCACUCUGCACCACUCCGACAGCAGCCGCGCAGAAGCCCUGCUUCGCCGGGCUUGGCAGCAUGCCGCCGGUGCCGCGGCCGAGGGUUCGAGGGGCGAGGAACGCGUGGUCGUCGCCCGGGUGGAUGGCGAGCGCUGGCAGGAUACAGACCCCAUAGUUUGGCGAAAGCUCCUGGGCUGGCCGGCGGUGGCCUUUCCCUGCCGCGCCUGCCUGGCGGUGAAGGUGAAGGAUGAGUCAGAGGAGGAUCGGGAAGAAGAGACGCCAGUGCGAGUAGAGGCCUGCGGCGGCAAGGUCUUGGUCACCGCAGCGGGUCUGGCGCCAGGCGACCGGCUCAGAAAAGGAGACCGUUCCAUCGAGCUCUGGCCCACGCAAGGUGCUUUCCGGACGUCCUUGGAGGACACAGCGAGCAGUGGCGGCACUCCUGCUGCGGCCUUUCUGUCGGAGAUGACCCUGCGAGCCGAGCUCUCCGAGCAGCUGCAAUUCCGACCCCUGCAGCUGCUGCCGCUGAGCCCGGGCAUCGCAGCCAGGAUCUCCAAGGUCCCAGAGCAGAUCCUGGAAACACUGCCGGACGUGGUUUGGGGCACACCAUUGAUGGCCAGCAUCCUCGGAGAGUACCGGCAGCAACAGGAACAGAUGGACACGGUGACGGCGGAGCUGGAUCUGAUGGAGUAUGCACUUGAAACGCUCAUUGCGAAGGCCGAAGAACGCACGGGGCUCCGGCUGUGUUCCCUGCGACCUCGGUGCCUGGAGAAGCUGCAGGCCGGGCAUCGCCUUUUCUUCGAAGCCGACUUCGAGGACCAGGUCUUCCGGGAGGCCCAGCGAGGCCACCUCCGACUCUUCGAGCCCGUGGCCGGGCAGAGCGCCGUUCAGGUGUACCACCUGAAGAUGCACGAGCUCCUGGCGGCCAAGGCCUGGAAGGCUGCCGGUGUCGACCUCAAGAAGGCCUUCAAGCAGGCCCAAGAGGAGCCCAUGCUGCGAGGCGCGGCGCGGUUCCUGGUGAUGAUGCACACGGCGGAGGAGAGCCUGGAAGCUUCCGUCGACCUGAGCUUCUGCGAGCUGGUAGCGCCCGACGUCGAAGCGCUCCGAGGAGCCCUCAUGUGCCGCGGUCGCCUCACGAUCUACUUGGCGGGCAAUCUGAUAG